AUGUGGGCGCACGCUAUGACCAUCGCCAGCUGCGUCGACAAGGAAUGCUGGAAGGAGGUGGUGAGCGAGUUCAUCGAGCACGAGGUAGGCGCGGCCGAAGCAUCGCUCGCCGGCCAGGGGCAGGGCGAUCUGCAGGGACUCAAGGUGGCCUACAACGUCUUUUCGGGCCAAGACCCCGUGUCGAUCUUUGACCUGUUCCGCACCAAGACGCAGCUUGGCCAGAUGGGCGGUCUGCAGCCUGCGCCCGUAGAGUCGACGUCAACGUCAGCAGCGCCCCCGAGCUGGAAGGAGUCGGCGGCCAUUGUAGCCAGCAACCGUAGUACCAGCGACUCGGCUGCCUUGACCGCUAUUGGCGAUGGGCUCUGCACCCGUGGUCUGCUCGAGGCGGCGCACUUUUGCUACCUUUUGUCGCCUCAGACCUCGCCCAUCGGUGGUGCAGACACGAACGGGGCUCGCUUCACGCUGCUUGGACUGUCCAGCCCCAAGACGUCCGCCACCUUUGUCCAAGACUUGGACGGCAUCCUGAUGACGGAGGUGCUCGAGUUCGCCCAAGGGCUCGUACCGGCUGUCAAAGGCCAGGAACCGUUCCCGGGUAUUCCGCACCUGCAAGCCUACAAGCUCGUGUACGCUCAGCAGCUUGCUGACCUAGGCGAGGUGGGGAAGGCGCAACGAUACUGCGAGGCCAUCGCACAGUGUCUCAAACAGUGCAAGUCGUCGCCGUACCUCCACUCGACGCUGCUGUUGCAGUCCAAGCAGCUAUCUGAUCGACUCGUCGGCGCACCACACGCGGGUGCGGGCGGCAACUGGGUGUCGCGCAAGAUGCAGCGACCCACGCUCGACGGCGUGUGGGGAGCGCUCGAGGGUCGCUUCACCAAGUUUAUUGCUGGGGAAGACGGAGCGGUGGAAGCCGAUUCCCCGAACAAGAACAGCAAGGGCUCGGUUUCGUCGAGCAUCGGUCCGUUUUCGCACUACAGUGCCAUUACUCCCGAUGCGGCCUCAGGAGGCAUGACGAGGCAGCCGUCCUUCAACGAGCUACGCACGGGAUCGCCCAGCGGACUGACGUCGCGCUCUGGCUCGGCGAUGGACUUCCGCAAUGCUACCAAGCGCGCCGCCUCACCGAAGCACCGCUCAUCUACAGCGCUGUCCAUGCGCCCAUUGAAUUCGGAUCCGUACAGCGAUUGGCCGCAACCAAAGGCGGCCGGCCAUGGCAACGGCAGCGAAGCCGCCAGCAACUACGACCGAGACAGCGUGAGAUCGAGCACCGAGGCGCCAAGAAACGCAUACGGCUACGGUGCUAGUCUGCAUGCUGGCUCGCAGCAAGGGCAUGGCCCAGGUCACGCGUUCUCGAGGGCUUCCUCAGCGUAUGAUGGUCCAGCAGAGACGAGCUUUGCUUCGGACAUGGCACCGUGGCAGACCAAUGCUGGUCAGGGCGCACGCGACGCAGACAGCUCUCGUCGACCGAGCACGGAUGCUGCGGGCACCCCUGCUAGCUCGGAGGCUGGGUACGGCGGCUACGGCGGCAGCACUUACAGUGGAUACGGUGACACGUACGGCGACGCUCGAGAAGCAGAGACGGGUGGCGAGGAACAAGGCGAUGCCGGUGGCUACUCAGCUUCUAGUCAGGCUCCAUUUUACGGCUACGAUCCUCACGGAGCGCAAAAGCCGCAGUUUGUCAGCAACGUCGACGCUGCCGGCACUCUCGAAGGUGGAGAGGAUGGCGGAUUCAUCUCGCCUUUCGAUGCACUUUCAUCCGACAGUCGAACUCCACAACCCCAGUCGCAAGGCAAUCAGUAUGCGGCUUCGUAUGGUCGCAACAACACCGAGGAGGAAGACGACGACGAUGAUGACCUCGGAUUUGGCAACUCGAGCAGUCGCAGCAAGGCCCGCCAUGCGGGUGGCACAGGCGAAGAAGGAGGCUCCGGGACGGGCGAUGGGGGCGUCGCAAAUUCUGCUGCUACCAGCUCUCUCAAGCCAAGUGAUGCCAACGGCAAGAAGGACGACGCCGCCAGCAGUGCCGGUGGCAAUGAAGAGAAGAAGCCGGAACUCAAGACAUCGCCGUCAUGGUUCGGUCGACUGUGGGGUCGUAGUCCAAGCACGGAUAGCGCCGCACAAGCGCAGGCCAAGGCCAAGAAGGCGCAUCUAGGCGAAGAGACGAGCUUUGUCUACGACAAGGAGCUCAAGCGUUGGGUCAACAAGAAAGUAGGCGACAGCGGAAACGCAGCCAGCACGCCCCCACCACCACCGCCGCGAGCCCAAUCGGCGAGCCCGGCUUCGCAACCAGACCGCAGCUCGGGCACGACGAGUGCGCCGCCCAUGCGUGGACCUCCAUCGGGCAGCUUUACGAUGGGUCGAUCGACGCCUCCGAUCAGUGAGGGAAGCGACGAGGGCAGUUCCGGUCUGGUCCCCAGCCGGGGGCCGCCGGGUAUGGGCAGUCUGACGAGGGCGAGAAGCAACCUUGCGGAUCACUCGAUGCCUCCCGCUUCACAGCCACCGAGUGGUGCGGCGAUUCGAGGAUCUGGUUCAUCGACGCCAGCAACAGGGAUGGGAUCGCCUCCUCCACCGCCGCCGGGAGGAUCCAGGACGGGAACGGUCAAGAAGAGGCCGAUCAAGAGUCGCUACGUCGUGGUGGAUUGA